GAAGAAGAAGAGAACAUCAGACUCACCAUAACAUGGAAUUAGGCAAAAUAUAAUUGCAGAAUCAAGUAUUGUCAUGCAACACAAAAUCAUUUAAGAUAGUUGUGCUAUUUUAAGGUUAAAACUAGAAGUUUCAGAUAUGUAGUAAAAACACCUUUUUUUGCUGUUUCAAAGCAUGGCACUACUAUAAGUUGUGAUAAUGGGCUCUUCUGUUACCUGGACAACACAAAAAGGCUAUAAUCUCCCCUAUAUAUGUUUAUACAAAGGGUUAAGGAUGUGUUGUGUGAAGUUAUAUUUAUUGGGGUCAGCAUCACAGAGUAGCAACAGAGAUCAUGAAAGACAACUGCCCAAUGAGAAUUGUUAAAGUAUAUGGCUAAGUUGCAGUGGGGUCAUCACCUGGUAUGCAGGUGUGUCUGCAUGCGGAGAGAAAAACAUGCCCAGGUUAAUUGCAACCACUGUCUAGAUAAUCAGGGUUGAUUAGUUUGGGUGACUCCCAGAGGAGAGUUUGUCCCAUGAGUUCGGCUUACUUUGUGUUUGCUCCUGGAAGUCUUGCUGCUCAGCAGCUCCAUUUCAUGUUGACCAGUAUUUCUAUAUCCAAUGAACAUUGGAAGAUUUAUUUCUAUGGACUAUAUAGACUACAUACUGUGUUUUCAUGAAGAAACUUCUGAGCUGCUAACAGCCACACAAAGGGGAGGUGAAGACCUUUGCAACAAGCCAUGCAGUCGUCAUGGAGACUGAUGUUUUUUAUGUCACUCGCUAGCUGCUUUACAGUAUUUAUAGUUCACCCUUCUCACCCCAAAGGGGACGCAGAGUGGCUUACAGAACAUACCUACGGCCAGCAUUCAAUGCUAAUUAUACAAUUAACAAGGACAGACAACACAAACAGAGAAUCCUCUGAAGCUAUUCCUGGGAUCCCUACCACAUAUGCUGCUAUCUUACGGCUCAAGUCUCUCAGUUCAUCCUACUCUUCAAGAACCAGGCAGAGAUCAAGCAGUCCUCCCUUGGGAAGUAUCUCCUCACCAAGCUGGCAUGGAGCAGCUGCACAACAACAACAACAACACUCACCCACAAACCUCUAUCACAUUUCAGAGGCCUUCAAACAUGAUGAGAGUGUGGAUUAUGGGCCAGUGUUUAUCCAGGAGCCUGACAAUGUAAUUUUCCCAGUGGAUUCAGAUGAAAAGAAAGUAUCCCUUAGUUGUCAAGCACGAGCAAAUCCUACUCCAACUUACAAAUGGCUCCGAAAUGGAACCGAGAUAGAGAUCGAAAGUGAUUACCGCUACAGUGUGAUAGAAGGGAGCAUUAUCAUCAAUAAUCCCAGUGAAACAAAAGAUACUGGACUAUAUCAAUGCAUUACUACUAACAUGUUUGGCAGCAUUUUGAGCAGAGAAGCUACACUUCAAUUUGCAUACCUGGGGAAUUUCAGUGGCCGGACAAGAAGUGCUGUGUCGGUGAGGGAAGGUCAAGGCGUAGUUCUGAUGUGCUCUCCUCCACUUCAUUCGCCAGAGAUCAUCUAUAGCUGGGUGUUUAACGAGUUCCCCUCCUUUGUGGCUGAAGACAGCCGGCGCUUCAUCUCUCAAGAAACAGGCAAUCUCUACAUAUCCAAAGUACAGCCCUCUGAUGUAGGAAGCUAUAUCUGCUUGGUGAAGAACACAGUGACCAAUGCCAGAGUCCUCAGUCCUCCCACACCACUGACACUCCGAACUGAUGGUGUGAUGGGGGAAUAUGAGCCAAAAAUUGAAGUCCAUUUUCCGUACACAGUUACAACUGCUAAGGGAUCUACCAUCAAGAUGGAGUGCUUUGCAUUGGGCAACCCUGUUCCAACAAUCUCAUGGAGGAAAGUUAAUGGCCCCAAUCCAAGCAAAGCUCGCCUGCGGAAGUCCCAAGCUGUCCUCGAAAUCCCGAAUGUACAGCUAGAAGAUGCCGGGACAUACGAAUGCAAGGCUGAAAAUUCCCGGGGAAGAAAUGUCUUCCGAGGACAGCUUCAAGUUUAUACAUACCCACAUUGGACAGAAAGAUUGAAUGAUACCCAGUUAGACAGUGGGGAUCAGCUUCGAUGGGAAUGUAAAGCUAUUGGAAAGCCAAGGCCUACCUAUCGCUGGCUAAAAAAUGGAGUCCCUCUCUGGCCAGAGAGCAGGAUUGAGAUGGUUAAUGGUGUACUGAUGAUCCACAGUGUAAAUCAAUCUGAUGCUGGAAUGUACCAAUGUGUAGCAGAAAACAAGCAUGGAGCUAUUUACACCAGUGCUGAGCUAAGGAUAUUGGCUUCUGCUCCAACUUUCCCUGCAAGUCAUCUGAAGAAAACAAUCAUUAUUACCAAAGGCCAAGAAGUUGCUGUUGAAUGCAAACCCCAAGCCUCUCCCAAGCCAACCAUCUCAUGGAAGAAAGGAGACAAAGCACUGAGAGAAAAUAAAAGGAUAACUGUUCUUCCAGAUGGGAGCCUACGGAUCCUGAAUGCCACCAAAUCUGAUGAAGGAAAAUAUGUCUGCCGAGGAGAAAAUGUUUUUGGUUCAGCAGAGAUAACAGCUUCUGUGUUUGUUAAAGAGCCCACCAGAAUAGACUUGUCCCCGAAGAGGACUGAGCUCACAGUGGGAGAAAGCAUCGUCCUCAGCUGCAAAGCCCUCCAUGACCCCAGCCUAGAUGUCAUUUUCCACUGGACUCUGAACGGGCAGCCCAUUGAUUUUGAGAAAGAAGGAGGGCAUUUUGAAAGCAUCCGGGUACUUUCAGGCGCUCGUGCUCAGAUGGGGUCACUGAAACGCAUGGCAGCCCAGACAUGGGGGGAGGCAAAACAUCUUCAGGAGCAGAAGCAAGUAUCCUCUGCAGAUUUAAUGAUCAGGAACAUCCUUCUGAUGCAUGCCGGGAGAUAUGGCUGCAGGGUACAAACCACAGCAGACAGUAUAUCCGAUGAGGCAGAACUUCUUGUUAGGGGUCCACCUGGGCCUCCUGGAGUUGUGAUAGUAGAGGAAAUCACAGAGACCACAGCCACUCUUUCAUGGACACCUGGGGCUGAUAAUCACAGCCCCAUAACUUCCUACAACCUGCAAGCCCGAAGUCCCUUUUCCCUUGGCUGGCAAACUGUGAAAACAGUUCCAGAAACCAUCAGUGGUGACAUGGAGUCUGCCAUGGCUGUUGAACUAAAUCCAUGGGUGGAAUAUGAAUUUAGAGUUGUAGCAACUAACAAAAUUGGAACUGGAGAUCCAAGUGCACCAUCCAGAGUGAUCCGGACAAAGGAAGCAGUUCCAAAGACAGCUCCUGCUAAUGUAAGUGGCAGAAGUGGAAGACGGCAUGAAUUAGUAAUAGCAUGGGAGCCAGUCUCUGAAGAGUUUCAGAAUGGAGAAGGCUUUGGUUACAUUGUGGCCUUCAGGCCAAAUGGGACAAGAGGCUGGAAGGAAAAAAUGGUCACCUCUUCAGAUGCUUCCAAGUUCAUCUACAGAGAUGAGAGUGUGCCUCCCCUGACUCCAUUUGAAGUGAAAGUUGGAGUUUACAACAACAAAGGAGAUGGUCCUUUCAGCCCUAUUGUUGUGAUUUGUUCUGCCGAAGGAGAACCCAGUGCUGCUCCAACUGAUGUCAAAGCUACGGGAUUGUCUGUAUCAGAGAUUCUCAUUGCAUGGAGACACAACAAAGAAAGUGUAGGAAGACCUCAGGGAUUUGAGGUUGGCUACUGGAAAGAUAUGGAACAAGAAGAAGCAGCUGAAAAGGCCAGAACAGAAGGAAAUGAGUCAUCCAUCAUUCUAACAGGGCUAGAAGGCAACACACUGUACCACCUGAGAGUAAAGGCGUACAACGCAGCGGGGUACGGGCCACCUAGCAAUGCUGUUCGUGUUGCCACCAAGAAAUCUCCUCCCAGUCAAGCACCAAGUAAUAUUAUGUGGAUACAAGAUGGUUCCCACGUGUCCCUGGGAUGGGAGCCUGUUAGACCUUUAGCGAAUGAAUCUGAUGUCAUGGGAUAUAAGGUCUUGUUUAGACAAGAAGGUCAUAGCAACAGCCAAGUCAUCGAAACACAGAAAACGUCUGCAGUGGUGCUUCUCCCUGAUGUAGGCGUCUACAUCAUAGAGGUCCGUGCAGUCAGUGAAGGAGGGGAUGGAACACCCAGCUCCCAAAUCAGAGUACCGUCUUUCUCAGGUGGGAAAGUCACAAGUUCUCAGUCAAGCCUACAUACUUUCUCCACAUCUUCAUCAACUGUGACAUUUCUCUUGGUACUGAUGGUUCCUUCAACCUCAUGGUGAAGAAGAACUCUGUGGACCUUUUCUCGUUCAUCUGUUCAAUUGCUUUAGACCAGUGACACCAAGGAGUGGAGCUCUGCGUCCAUGGAAGAGAAAGAAUACCCACUGGUCAACAACACCUAGAAUUGCCUACAGUGUACCAGGAAGAGUGUUGUGGGUGAAAAAUAAUGCUAGCAUAAUUCAUCAGGUUUCUUCUUUUCAGUUUUGGUACUAGUCCUCUUUGGGAGAGAGGGGAUGUUUAUUGCCCAGCAGAAAAUAUGCAGAUUGUAAGAGAUGACCUUUUAUAAACAAAUGAAAUUCCUGUCAAAUUAUAUUUACUUUCCUUAUAUAUGUUUAUAAAUUAGCUGACACCAGUCUUGUGUCAUUAGUAGUUUGAACUGUGAUGUCUAGUACGGUACAUCGAUUUUGUUUGAGUUGUCACAGCUUUGAUUUUUUUUAAAAAAGAAGAAACUAUGAACAUUUGCAGUCUAGUAGUCACCACCAUCUUCUCCCUUCUUUCUUUUUUGUAUUUUCUUUUUCAAAUUGACAGAGCAGGAUAACAAACUUUUCACCAUAAUUACUGUAGCCAAUGUCUUUUUUUAAAAAAAGGAUGGCAAAUCAAAUUGGCAAAUUAUGGUAAUUUCUGUUAUUUUUUCUUCUGUUUUGUUUAUAUUUUCUGGACAUAUAAUGAUCCACUUUUCACUACAUGUUACAUUUGAAGCAAUUGAAUGGAGAAGGGUCAGACCUCUUGUUUUGCCUCAGAUAUUAUCCACUUGACGGAGAAAUGUUUUAUUUUUAAUAGCAAGAAUACCGCUGAUUGAGAAUGCAAAUGGCAAUGAAACUAUAAUCAGAUACUUCAACAAGCCUCCAGUUAGUGCAAACUGGUGGAAGAAAAAAAAUGAAUGCAAAGGGACAAAGCUGUUAACCCCAAACAGCUUUCAGUCUUUAGACCUUUAUUUUUGUAGUCCAUUUUUGUAUGGUACUGUACUGUCUAUAUUUGGUGAUUAAAUUAAACGAUAUCAAGAAGCAUAUUAAGAUUGGAACAGGAUCAUGGUGACCAGAUUGUUGUCAACAAAAUACAGAACCAAAUUCUCCAUCUCAAAUCCGCUGGAAUAGCUACUGCUAGGCAAUGUUUCCCACCAUCACCUUUAGCUUUUCCAGAUCCAUAUGUUAUUUUCAAGUUCAACCUGAAACAUUUAUAUGUGUUUGUUUGUUUGUAAUAUGAAAUACUAUUUUCUCAUUCAUUUAUACAGUGAUCUAUCCAUUCUUUACUUUACUCCACUCCCUUCCUCUUUCAUUCUUUUUAUCCCCUAACUAAAUGGUCACAGCACAUUUGUCUGAUUCAUAUUGGAUAUUAAGUGAGCUAUCAAUUCAGAUCACAGGCACACUUCAUCAUCUGAAGACCAGUGCCUAAAUUAUUAUGCUGCAUCCACAUGAAUACUCAUUGCAAUGCUUAGACUGAUGUCACCCCUACUAUUGGAAAAGUGAGGGAGCGUCCUCAUAUGGCAGAUGUUGAGAGGCAGAAAGCAGACAGUGCUAUCUGUACUGAGCCGUCUACCUUUCCUCUACUACCUGCAAGUGAAAUUGAUCUAUUACUUUCAGGGGAGGUGGAAAUGUUGUCCCAUGUCCAGAUUCAAUUGCCUGUCUGAUCCACUUUUGCACGUAGAGGAAACUAUCUUGUAAUUUGCCUGAAGUCUCAACAUUACCAUAGCUUGGACUAGAGCUUGGUUGCCAAUUCUAGUCCCAAAGGCAUUUUUCAGCAAAUAAGUGUCAAUUUAUUAACACAAUGGAACACUGAGACAGAAAAAAUGAGAGAGAGAGAGAAAGAGAAUCUGUUGCUAUUGCUAAAGGCCUUUCAGGAAAGGAGCAUCCAAAUCAAAACCUUUCUAUUUGUUGGGUGCACAAUAUUGUGCCAGUGCAUUUUAUCAUAGUGAAUGUGCUGUACUGAGGAUAAUAUAUAUUAGAGAGAAGCAUAACAAAUGUCAGGACUAGCCCUACUGUUAGGCAAAACAAGGCAGCUGCCUCAGGUGACAGAUGUUGGGUGUCAUGUUAAGGCCAGUUGAAUGUUCCUUAUUUAAGUUAUGAUUGUAUGUUAUGACAAAGGGGGACACAGUUGCAUGUCAGAUUUAUAGCCUCAGGUUUCAGAAAAAAAAUGACCUUCCUUUGGCAUUAUGCACUUUGACUUGAUGAAGGAGGAGAGGAAGGGUAACCUGGCAGCUAAAAGUCUUAGAUUAGCCCCAGGGUCCAUAUUAUAUAUCUCAAGGUAAUCAUGGUUCAUCUGAAUAUUGGAUCUACAGCACUGGCUCUAUACACUGGCUAUUUUGAGGAGAAAAAUUUCUUGACUCAGAUAUAUAUAAGAUUUUGCCUCAGAUACAAUGCUUAGCACCUAGGAAGUCACUCACAUGAAAAAAAAGUGUUCAGCAUUUAAAGUGUAAAAUUUGCAUUAAGAGCUCAGAUCACAGUUUCCAAGCAUUCUUUCACUGUCCAACUUAAUAAGGCAAACUCUCAAAAGCAGUUGAAGAAAUUUACUGUAUGUCAACCUCUGAUUUUACAUUUAUAUGCACAUCGCCUCCCUUGAAAGGGAGGAAAUGUUUAAAUACUUUCACCAUUGUGAAACUGAAAAAAUAGCUAUCUUGAAUGCUGCAGAUUUCUGAGGUAAGAUAAAGGCUUCCUCUAAGUACCCCUUUUUAGAACAUAAGCAGUUAGUCUAAAUAAGUAAAAGCUUACUGAAUCUAUUGAAUAAAAUGUGAAUUAGCUUUUAUCUUAUUUAUGCAAGAUGUAUUGAGUGAUGAUGUACAAGAAGAAAGAAUGCAAAGUUGCAAUGAAUGCAAUGACAAUGGGCAAAAUCCCUUACUUGGCAACAUAAAAGAAACAGUAGAAUUCUCAUUGCCUAGCAAAGAUAUGGCAGGAUUGUUCCUCCCCUGGCUGGGAAAAGUGCAAGUCAUGGCACGCAAUGAUUUGACAUUCCAUAUUCAGAAACCACCAAAACAUGCCUGAAGAAUGUGAUAGCUAAAAUGUGGUUAAAAACAACCAAAGGUUUCAGAACCUUUCCUGAAGACUCUACAAUCCAAUGAAAUGUUAGGAUAAGUGUGUGAAUUAGAUGUGUUCCAACCUUUCUGUUGCCCACUCAUCCCAUUGCUACAGAUAAAUUCGCAAAAUCAUGCAAUGAGUUGGAGUGGCCCUGGUGACACUAUCAGAAACCUCAUAUAAUAUCUCCAUCUAGUCUGGCCAUUUCAACAUUGCCCAAAUGCAUUACCUCACAAGAAAGAAACAUAGAUCUGCAUAAGAUUUGCAUAUGCUAAUUUAUAUGUAAAGAUGGGCAGUCAUAAAAGCCUGUAUCCUACUGUUAGUCCUGACUCAAUUCAAACAGAUGUAUUCAAUCAAUGAGAUAUGCUAUGUAUUGACUUACCAUCUGUCUAGCCCAGUGGUUCUCAACCAGUGGACCAUGGCCCAGCAGUGGGCCACAAGAAGAAAAAUCCAGUCUGCAAACCUCCUUCCUCUUUAUUCAUUUACUUUAUUUUAUUUAUUUUAUUUCCGCUCCUUUCUGCAGAGCUGACCAUGGUAUUGGAUAGACCACAUCAGAUUAUUAAACAUGGUUUUCUGUGGGUGAGCAGAUGGCAACUACUGGUUGGCAUAUGUUCUGUAUCAGAAACUAGAACAGAUGUGGUUUAUCCAAUGCAAUUUUAUAAAUCGGCACCCUAAAUAACCAAACCAAAUCUAAAAUUGACCAAAAACUGAUUCAUAACCCUUUUGGUACUCAUGUUGGAGAGUGGUCCCUGGUCAAAGUGGGCCCUGGUCAAAAAAAGGUUGGGAACCACUGGUCUAGUCUCAUUGAAAUAAACUAAUAAGAUUUGGGCCAUUUAUUACACUUUGGGCAUAAAUACCCUAAAGACACUAGAUACCAUCUGAUCUUAUAUAUACAGUGUAUGUUUACUUAUAUAUACAGUAGGUGACAGCACAUUGAGGAAGAGAAUAGGGACAGAAAAAAUAUUUGAAAAUAUUCUACCAACAGUUCAAAGGGAGGUUUCCUAAGUGUCAAGAAACACUAAAAAGGGUUUUCACCACACUGAGAUGCUUUGCAUGUCAGAACUCUGUGCAAAAAAACCCCAUAUGUGUGGUACUUUUAUACAUAAAACUGUAUUUGCUGUGCAUAAAGUUGCACUCUAUACAAAUUCUGCUUUCUGCACAGAAAGCAAGACUCUAAGUGCAGAAGAAACAGUUUUCUACACACACAAAACAGGUGUUUUUGCACAGAAAAGUCCUUAACUGCAUAUAGUCUCCAGAAAUGGUAUCAAUUUCAAUGACUUUUUAAGAAUGGGAAGGAAAUUGAUAGAAUGACUCACACCUUCCUUUGGAAAUACAAUUAGCAAAUAUUAGUAUCCCACAUUACAUGACUACCUGUCUACUCCCCGUGUGUUAAAUUUAGAUUGGUAGUCUUAGUACCCCUGCGCUUUUUUCCUUAGAAAUAUUUAAAUAAAGCCAAACAAAGAGUUAUAAAGCAGGAAAGAUGGUCACUCAAAGUGUAUCUGCUGCCAUUUUGAAGCACCAAGUGACAGGGGGUGGGGAGGGGUGUCAGGAGAAAACAGAGACAAAGACUCCAGAGUCCACUUCAGUCAGGAAGUCCUUUAAUAAGUCUUCAUCGAUUAAAUUAAUGAUUUGUAGAUGUUUUCUUCAUCUAGCUAUUGUCAUUUCAAAAUACAUUCACAAAUUAAUUAGAUUAGGGCAAGGUGAAUGUUCCUACCACUCCUACAUACUUUCUCCUCCUACCACUUCCUGGGCUUUGAACAAUGGUAGCCAAUUAGCAAAGGAACAUGGCUUAUUAUUGCCUUCUAUAGAGAGUGAGGAUUUGCUAAGCCCCUAUAUAUGUGUCUUACAGUCCCUGAGUACAGCCCCCGGUAGUGCCAUGAAUAAAAUGGCAAGCAUAGGUCAACGUUUAAUUAGAUUAUACAUCUUAAUAGGAAAGGUAAUGUAGUAUAAUGGUUUGAGUAUUUGACUAUAACUCUGGAGAUCAAGGAUCAAAUCCUUGAUGAGCCAUGGAGACCUACUAGCUGAUCUUUGACAAGUCACAGUCUGCCACUCUCAAAGGAAAGCAAUGGUAAACUACCUCUGAAAAAAACUUGCCAAGAAAAACCCCAGGCUAGAACUGCUUUAGGCUUGCCAUAUGUAACCAUAAUACAGAAAUGGCUUGAAGGCACACAACAGUCUUAACAGCCAAACAUUCGCUAACUGUGUUGACCCAGCAUCAUGUUAAGUGGCAAUGAAUGGAUGCAAGGUCAACAUCAAGCUAAGUAGCAAUGAACAGAUGCAAGCUGGUACCUUUUUUGUUCAGUCUGUGCAAAUGUUGUACCUUGCUUCUAAUAAAAAUUUAUAAAUGUUUAAGUACCUGCACAAUACCAAAUUUGUUUCUUUGUGGUUGAUAACAUGUCCAUCUCAUGACAUCUAUCUGUUAUUGUUGUUUUAAAAGAUUUGGGUGUUGCUUCUGAAGUCUUUCCUUGUUUGUUUUCAUUUUCUCCCAAUGAGAUUGUAACAAAUUAAUUCAAAAGACUGUAUUUUUGUAUAAUGUCAUGGUUAUUUUAAAAGUGAGCAGGGAAAAAAAGAACAACAACCUCGGUCCAGAAACCAAAAUGAAGUCCCAUCUUAAAAUGUGAGAUAUCUUGUAUACAACUGUAUAUAUUUACUAUAUAUAAUGGUAUAUACUAUGUGAAAGACACAGUUCAAUACUGGUUCCUGUCUACUGUUCUUGUAACAUUAGAUCUUUUUAAUAAAUUAUUCUCUUUUUAUUGACUUUUA